ACCAUUGUAGUGGAUAUAGUGUAUAGUACUGCGACAACAAAUGAUGUUGUGUUACAAGUGGAAAAUCUGAAAGGGUGGGAGAGAUCAAGUUUAUCAAUUAUUUAAUGGAUCGUUGGCUAGUUUCCCGCCCAACACAUAUAGCUACGUGAAUGUAUCUAGUGGAAAAAGUCGACGCCAAGUAGAAAAAAGAGCAUUCGUUGGAUGAACAGAAAAUCACACACCUGUUAAAUUUGUGAAAACUUUUGUGUUACAGUUUGGGCUGAACCCAUUUGUUAUAAAGGAAUUGUGAUAUGAUGAUACAGUCAACGAUUAUACAGUGGUUGUUGAAUAUGUGAUACAUAAAAAAUCUCCUGGAAAAUAAGCAUCGAGCAUUGAAACAACUUUGUUUAUUGAAUACAUCGUUCAAAGUGUAUGUGUACUGUUAUCGUUCAAAUUUGCCAAUUACGUGUGUUGUUCGGGUACUGUUGGGAAAACGGUAAUUAUGUUUUCCUGUUGUCGCUGCGUAAAUCCCAAAUCGCCAAAGUAUAACAAAAAGGGCUCCGAAGACGAUGACUCGAGUGGCGAAGGCAAUAAAGAUCCUUGCCCGGGCGAUAAUCUAUCGAGCGAGGAAGAAAUCAAAGUGGAAAUAAUUGAAACUGAGGAAAAACCGGUGGAAGCGGAACCAGAAGUAGAAAUUCAACCAUGUGAUGCAAUCGAGACAAUCGUAACGCAUGGAACUGAUUCUUCAGCAGAAAUGGUUUUGGAGGAGCAAGGAGAUCCGCCUCACUCCAGUAGCCCCGAGACAUCUCCAAAUAAGAGCUCAACAUCCAGUGAACAGCAGCAGCAAUCCGUUGUACAAGAUAUUAGGUUCCCAGCAGCAACUGAACCGGCAUGCCCCGUCAGUAGCAACAGUUCUACAGCGGACGUUAUACCUACUACGGUUGCCGAGGUGGAAAAAGUGGGUGAAAUCACUGCCAACGAAACUAGUCCCAGCAAGAUAAAAUGUGAAGAAGAUGGCGCAAUAGUGCAACAACCAAAGAUAUCUUCCACCAGUCCCGUCAAGAGUGAACCUGAACCAGAAGGAAAAUCAGACCACGACUCAAAUGAUGCGUCGCUUUCAUCCGACACGGACAAUAUCAAUUCGGAAAACCUCGAGCAGACAUCGGAAAUCGAAAUUGUGUUGGUACCUGAGAAGCAAUCGCCGGAAAUCCACCCGGAACCGGAUGAUGGGGAAGAGGUGGAUCCUGACGUCGAACCACCCAUAGCGGAUCGAAUUCGGCGCCUGCAAAGUGACACGAGCAACAGCCAAACAACAAUUGAGGAAACUAUCGACAUUCAAAGCUUUUUACCGAAGGAAUCCGAAAGCAAUUCACAGUUGGAGGAAGCGAUUAGUGAAAGUGAUAGAGAUAACCAUAGCGAAGAGUUUAUUGAUGACAAUCUUGUGCCUAAGACUGCACCGGAUAUAGCUGUUGCUGAAUCCGAAGAACCAGUUAGUGAUAUAUUAUCAGAGAACACACAAGUCAGCAGUUGUGUAGUGAGUGAGCCUGAACCCAACGAAAACUGCCAGAAUCCUCCGAGUCGCAAAGAAUCGGCCAAUAGUGAUGACUCGACCAGUCGUACCCAGCUAUCGUUUAAGGAAAGUUGCCUAUCUCGACGAUCGUCGUCAAAGUCAUCAAUCAAGAAAAAAGUAGCAUACAACGACAGUACCGAAAUCAUUCCACCACCGGAGUAUUCCCCGAUGGGCAACGACGACGACGAAGUGUUUUCCGACUCGAUACCUCCCAAACUACCGCGAGGUAACAUGUGCGCCCCGUAUGCCACCAAACGGGGCUCGCUUCCGGGGCUAGUUGCACUGCCGGACUGGUUCGCCGAGGACCGAUUGAUGAUGGAAGAGGGUGGCAUCAUGGAACCACCCACGACUCCAAUUGGCCGUGACGAGUUGGCUCUGAGGCGGCACCGGUUCUUCUCGGAUCUCCUGAAUGCGGCCCACGCUGCAGUUGAGCAUCGGGUGCGCUUUGAUCCGCUUGGACCGUUCGUAGCGAAGGAGGAAGACGAAGUGUAUCCAGAUUGUGACCCGGAUCUGAAACCAUCAUCAUCACGUGAGUUGGAACAUCUUAUCGAUCGUCUCGAAAGAAUAGUUGAUCGUCUUGAGCGAACCGUUUCGGCACGUGAAUUGGAAGAAACGCGUCGCAUCUUGAAGGGCGUUUGUGACGCUGGCAAAGCAGUAGUAUCCGUAGCUGACGAAACCACGGGAACCGACGAGGACGAGAAGCUAUUGGAUUCGAACUCUAACAGCGAUCUUCCUACGGUUCUUCCCUCGACACCGCCCCCUUCGGCAUCCUACCUGCAUCAGCAACUAGAUAGUCUUGAGGCGACUCUCUUUCCUGAGCUUAACUCUGUCGAACCUACCACCGCUGCCAAGGAUCAGCCUCAAGUAGACCAAUCGUUAGAUACUCUACCAACAGUCAUUUCGCAAGUAGUACUAGAUAAUUCAAUUAGUAGUAAUAAUAGUAACGAUCAAGAGCAAAAUUCAGUAUUAGAAAUUGCCAACUAUCCACCACCGGACGAAUUCUGCAGUACAACUCAGCCACCCCCAUCUGACAACAUGAGUGUGAACGCGUACGAAGACAUCCUUUUGGGCACACUUGCCAACUUUCUAGCAUUGUCAAACAAAAUUGGUGGAGAUGUUGCGCAACAGGCCGAGCUUGUACAGCAAGCUUUCAAUGCCCAGUUCUCCUUCGUACGAACCGCAUCCGAAUCGAGUGCGCCAUCUAACAACGAUUUGCAAAAUCUGCUCAAACCAACAUCGGACCAAAUUUCCGCCAUUCAAAGCUUCCGGGAAAAACAUCGUACUUCGCAGUUCUUCAACCAUCUCUCGGCAAUUAGCGAAAGCAUCCCCGCCCUCGGAUGGGUCUGUGUGGCUCCAACCCCCGGCCCGUACGUCAAAGAGAUGAAUGAUGCAGGUCAGUUCUACACGAAUCGUGUACUAAAAGACUGGAAGGAGAAGGAUGCCACCCACGUGGAGUGGGCCCGUGCAUGGAUUCAAACCCUGACUGAAUUGCAGCAAUACAUCAAACAACAUCACACCACUGGGCUAGUUUGGGCGGGUAAAAACAAACCCGUGGUGGGUGGUGCCGGUGCCCCUCCUCCACCACCCCCGUGUGGUCUGCCUCCACCACCCCCGAUGAUGCCUCUCGGUGAUGUAUCUGCUGCCGGAGCUGGCGACGACCGAAGUGCCCUGUUUGCGCAAAUCAAUCAAGGAGAGGAUAUUACCAAAGGGCUCAAAAAGGUCACCUCGGAGAUGCAGACACACAAAAAUCCUUCUCUUCGGUCGGGACCGGCUCCCUACAAGGCACCGUCCGGUAUUACCAAUGGCACCAAGUCGGUCAGUGCACCAUCGGCUGCCGUCGCCAAGCCUCCGUCGUUUGUCCGUGAUGGCAAGAAGUGGCUGAUCGAGUAUCAAAAGGGAAACAGCAAUCUGGUGGUCGAGGAUGCCGAGAUGAACAACGUGGUGUACAUGUUCCGGUGCGAAAACUCUACCCUGCAGAUCAAGGGUAAGAUCAACAGCGUGGUUAUGGACUCGUGCAAGAAAUGCUCGCUCGUUUUCGAUUCGCUGGUGGCAUCAGCCGAGUUUGUAAACUGCCAAAGCGUGCAGAUGCAGGUUCUUGGAAAAGUUCCAACGAUUUCGAUUGACAAGACUGAUGGAUGUCAAAUGUAUCUGUCAGCGGACUCGCUGGGCGUCGAAAUCGUCAGCUCGAAGUCGUCCGAGAUGAAUGUCAUGAUUCCCAAGGGAACCAGUGGAGAUUACAUUGAACAGCCCAUCCCGGAGCAGUUCAAGACCCUUAUCAAGGGUGAGAGUCUGAACACCACCUGCGUAGAAAGCCUUGGCUAGAAAGAGUGAAAAUUCGACAGACAACAAGGCGCGGUUGGACAAAUUUUCUAUCGGUAUAGUAACGAGAGUAAAAAAAUUAUAUCAUUUCGAGAUACAAACAAACUUAUACUAAACUAAGAAAUAACAGUUAAAAUAAUUUUAUACCUAACGAUCUUAGGAACGGAGCUCACUAACAUUUCAUGCAUUUUCGUCUUCGAUGCUAUCGCUAGUCAUUUCUUGAUUUUCUAUUGCAAUAAACGACAACUUUCUUUUGACUUGACUGUUGGCUUCACCUGCCAACCUAAUCAUACAAAGCGCAAGGCAUUUUUAGCAAUCAAAAUAAAAUAAUCAAUAGAAAUGUUUUCAAGAAAUAUACGUAGUUAAAGCGAAUAUAUAACCAUCAAUGUGUGUCCCAAAAGAUCGUGUUGCGAUCAUAUUCGAAUCAACGUUCAAAUUAAAUGAAAUCCUGCCUUGAUUUAACAGAUUUCUACUCAACGUAUUUAAACAGCUGCUCUAUCUUUUUUUACUUAGUUACAUGCCAUCCAGCAAACACAAAUUUUCUAUUUUACGCGUUGAAGAAUUGAAUCACAUAUUUUAACUACUCGUUAAACAAAACAGCAUUUUGAACACACGAGCAUGCAUCAUAAAAUCCUAUAUCUAGCAGUUUUUUUUUAUAUAUUAAUCAUCAUGGAUUAAAAACAGAUUAGCCAAGCAAAUUGCGUAUGGUAAUGUUACACUGAUAAGAGACACGAAGCAGCGAGUAAAGUUUCGGCGUUCAGCAUUAUACAUUAUGUAGUAUGUAUCCUAAUCCUAGUGCGAUCAUCAAGGCAUGUGAUUCAUCGUAUCGAAGGCAUUGUGAAAGGAAAGGUUUUUUUUGGAACUGGUUUGUAUUUUAAAGCAGUACUCUACACAGUAAUAUAUAACGAUAAAAAUAA